AUGGCAGCCAUUGCUGAGCGUGGUCCUGUUCAGGUGGAAGUCGCAGAAACAGCUGCGACCGGCGGAGAGUCCGAAGGGGAGACGGAGCAGACCUCUGCACGUUCAGUGGUUGCUCUCGUGACUGGAGCCACUGUAAAAGGCGGGAUCGGCUACGAGACAGCCAAGCAGCUGGCAAAAAAGCUAACUCGAGAAGGCGUCCACAUAGUCCUGGCUGGGAGCACGGAAUUGAGCGAACAGGACAUGGUAACCUUCAAGAACGAGGUGAUUAGCUUAAAAUCAGGACAGGGGGAGGGGUCUGGAGCUGAACUGACUGUGGAGAGUAUGAAACUGGAUCUGUCGUCGUUGGCGUCAGUAAAGGAGUUUGUCAAGGCCUUCAAGGAGAAGUUCACCCACCUCAACUACCUCGUGCACUGCGAUGGCGUCGUCUUUGUCAGAUUUGAGAAAACUGUUGAUGGCUUUGAAAGACAUUUCCAGGUGAACCACCUGGGGCCGUGUCUACUGACACUAGAACUCCACCCACUGCUGAAGAUGGGGCGGGAGGGAAAGGGCAGGGCUCGGGUGGUGCUGCUCACGUCCGCAGCCCAUUCCAGUGCGGAAUUCGACCCGAGUAACAUGAACGGAGAACAGUGCUACAGCAGAUUCAUGGCCUACUAUAACUCCAUGUUAUACAAUAUCAAGUCGAAUUUUAUUAACGAUGCCUGCAGUAACAGACCAGUUCUGAAGGCGAUAUCAAAGAUCAUCCUCAAACUGUGUUACCAGGGGCUGGAUGAGGGAGCAGAGAGAAUAAUAAAAUGUAUUACAGCUGAACCCAGUCAGUGGCUGGACAUGCAGUACUUUCACCAGGAUAAAGGAGAUCAGCUCAUGAGAGUCUCAAAUACUGCCAGGGACGUGAGGUCCCAGAAGCUGUUGUGGGAGAGAAGUAUGGCAGCUGUGAGGGAACACAUGACAGAGGAGCUGGGCAACAAGUUUGGCAGCACGGAGGUCGAAGGGUCACUCCUGCGGGAGAUGGUUGACCUGAGAGACGAGGUGGAGAGAGAGAAGAUUGCGGCGGAGGGAGACGAGUUGCAGGAAAUGGCGGCCAUGAAACUGGCUCUGAGGAAGAAGAGGGAGGGGCGAGGAGAGAGGGGGGAGGAGGAGCCUGGAGCAAAGCUGCUUCAGAAGAUGGUGGGCAUUAAGAAGAGUGGACGUGAUGGUGGUGGAAAUCUGGAGGAAUUGCUGACAAGAGCGCGUCGGGAGCUGAGAGAGGGAGGGACAAAUGAAAGUGGAGGGGAGAAUGUACAGGCAGAGGGAGGAAGUGAGGAAGUGCAAGAGGAGGGAGGAGGUGAGGAGGGAGAGGAGGGAGAGGAGACGAGUAGCUCAAGACCUUUCGUAGGGAAAGUAACACCAGUUUGAACAAGUUCACAAAAAGUCGUUUUGUACUAGUUUUUUUACUUUUUAGCAAUUUUCAUAUCUGUUUUUAAAAACAUCAGUAACCCUGCGUGCACGCAUAAUCAGUAGCCUAUGCCAUUAUGCCAGGCUACUGAUUAUGCGUGCACUCUCAUAUGCAAUGUGUACUUGAUUAAAGUUU